AUGUUUGUGGCCGAAAGAGUCGUUAGUUCUGCUCACGCAAACAGUAAUGUCACAUUUGCGGACGAAUCCAUUCAGAAAAGUGAUGGUAAAUCCAGAAAGUCGCUACGUUUUAACGAUCUAGACGAUUCAUUUUUGGGGUUGAAUGAACAAAAUAACGACGAUGUUGAACGAAUGGCUAGACGUCGCUCUCGUUUGUUGGAACCUCAUCCAGAAGUUAUAAAUAGCCCAGCUCACGAUGCUGCUCGCCGCGCUAUUGCAUCUCAAACUGUACCCAGAACCCAAGUUGGUGAACAUUAUGGUAACUGUAUCCGUCUAGCUGCAGAAAACAAAAUUACCUACAAAAAUGCUUUCGAUCUUCAUCUAAUCGAUUAUAUGGGCGAAAUGAUUAAGAAAGAGGACUUCACUAGUUUUCGAAUGGCAAGCUCGUCUUUGGAUGCUAGUGCAAAGAUUUAUGCUGGUCGUGUAGAUGCUGUCCAUCAAGAAACCUAUAAAGUCCUCACUGGUUUGGGUCGCUCUGACAAACCUUCAAAGGCUAACAAAGAUGGUAUCGAUGAAAACGAACAAGCACCAUGUGAAUCAGAUGAUUCUGCUAAUAAUGCUGAAGGAGAAGCUGUUGGACGCAGAAAAAAAGACCGAAAACAUAUUCCAAGCUCAAAAAAAGUUAUUGUCACUUCAUUAAACAAAAUACGCUCGAAAGUUAAAGGGUUUGAGGCAGAUGUUGACCCUUUAUUUCAACAGCAGGCUGCUGCCUAUGACGAUGGUGGCACCGUUGAACUCAGCCUGAAUCGCUUACGAACGAGGUCAAAAUUUAGUGAACUCCUGCAAGACUCAAAUACUCCUCUCUUUGAUUUUGGUGAUUCCAACUCGAUUAUUUGUUGCAUUAAACCCGUGGAAUUCUAUCCUCCUAUUGAUUCUCGGUCAUUUGAAGCCCCACUCUGUGCGGCAUUUGAUAAUUUCCGAUUUAAUGAUGAUGAACAGAGCAUGGCUUCC